CAGCGAUGGCUUCAGGGAAAGACACUUGUCCUAUCCUACCUAAGCUUACCAACAGCUGUUACGAGGAGAGUUCAUAUAAGCCUUCUAAUAAGUGUAAUGAGGUUCAUUUGCCACGGUUUUCAUUAAAGCAAGGGAUGAUCCCAAGACGUUACAUUAUGCCUUGGAAAGAAAACAUGAAAUUCAGGAAUGUGAAUCUGAAGCACGCAGAAGCGUGUGGGAUCUACGCUGGCCCUUUAGAAGACUCUCUGUUUUUGAAUCACAGCGAAAGACUUUGCCAUGGGGAAGAUCGGGAAGUUGUCUUGAAGAAAGGCCCACCAGAAAUAAAAAUUGCAGACAUGCCUCUGCAUUCACCGCUCUCCAGAUACCAAAGCACUGUGAUCUCGCAUGGCUUCAGGAGGCGACUUGUCUGAGGCUGGAAGAAUAAAGUGUCCGAGUAUUUCAAUCUC